GCAUAUAUUUCCGUUCUCUGCAAGGUGGUGCUCAUAAAUACCGGAAAUAGCAAUGUGGUGGUUGGCGUCGCCGGUCUGACCGCAGAUGCCAACUCCCUUGUCAAUUUUGCAAGAACCGCCGCCCAACGUCAUCUAUUCACUUUCAACGAGGAUAUACCCGUUGAACAACUAGCACAAAGGCUGUGUGACCUAAAACAAGGGUAUACCCAAUACGGAGCGACAUGUAUUGGAGCGAAUAAUGGCACCGCCCAAUCCCUCCUUAAACAAGAGUACAAAGAAGACAUCAAGGUUGAAGAUGCUAUUGCCCUGGUGAUGAAGGUCAUGAGCAAGACUAUGGAUAGCACAACUCUGGGCAGUGAAAAAUUGGAAUUCGCAACGUUAACUCUAGAUCCAGAGACCAAGAAACCAAAAGCAAAGAUUUAUC